AUGAGUGUGCGCAAGGCACACAACUCAGGAAGGAACCACCUGAGGAACGUCGUUGAAUACUACCAACAAAUCGGACAGGAAAAGGCACAAUCAGUCAUUGACUCAAUCACGUCCUCAUACGCCGCCGAAGGACAGGCCGUUCCCAAUCCCGCAAUGGCUCCUCCGGGUGCCUAUCCGCCUUUCGGGUUCCCAGGCCAAUUCCCCCCUCCUCCGUUCGCAAUGCCUCCCGGUCCGGGCGGUGCACCUGCCAUGCCACCACCCCCCGGGGCCCGCGGUCUUCCCUUCCCUCCUCCCUUCCCUCCAACCUCUGGCGCCGGCGCCCCAAGCGGCCUUCCACCCCUUCCCAAUAUGCCCAAUAUGCCUAAUCUGCCCAACAUGCCAAACAUGGGCCCGCCCGGUUCCGGCCCUCGCCCAGGCCAAGGCUUCCCCCCGCCACCAGGCGGACUCCCAUUCCCGCCCCCGAACUUCCAAGGCGGCGGCGGUGCGCCGGGUUUCCCGCCUAUGCCUAUUCCAGGUCAGGGUCCUGCUGGGUUUAGUCCCAGUCCUGGUCCGGGGUUGCCUGGUCCGCCCCCCGGACAAGGGCCUGAUGGGUAUGGGCCUCCUGGGUCGAUGGCUGGGCCGCCACCUGGGCUGGGUGAGCGGUGA